CCAUCAGUAUCAGUCAGCUAAUACCAGCUCUCACAAACAGAAGAUCAACCAAGAUGCAGUCCACCACCAUCUUUAUCCUGCUUUCCUGCAUUAUCGGAGCAACUCUAGCCAGCCCGAUGCCAAAGGAGGAUAUGACCAUGCCCUCCACACCACCACCGUCGUAUCCUUUGAAUCUCCAGGGCGGAGGUGGUGGCCAGCGCGGCGAUGGCUUUGGUUUCAAUGUCGGUGGCAGCCAGAAUGUCUGGAGAAGCGAUAAUGGACGCCAUGAGGUGGAUGUGAAUGCACGAUAUGGCCAGCACUUGGGUGGACCCUGGGGUAACUCCCAGCCGAGCUACGAUAUUGGCACCGUUUACCGCUACAGAUUUGGAAAGAAUUAAGUUUAUACAAGGAAAUGUUUACUCUAAAUUCUGAAAUUAUUAACAGUCUUUAUGUAUUUUAAAAUAUUUUGGAAAAUAAAUCUUUAAAAGUA